AUGUCAGACAACACUCAGGAUAUCCUCAAGGAAGCAGCAGCAGCGGCUGCUGUUGGUGGAUCUUUGUUUAGUACAUUUGAUAUAAUUAUGCUUAUAUUUCUAUUUGGAGCGGCUCUUUGGUGGCUUUACACAUCCAGAAAGGAGAAUAAAAAGGAUGAUUUACUUCUUAGCAAAUAUUCAAUUCAGCCCGCCGGUUCUAUACAAAUUACAGAAAAUUCUUUUAUUAAGAAGUUGCAAUCAUCUGGAAGAAGUCUAGUGGUAUUUUAUGGGUCUCAAACAGGUACCGGGGAAGAAUUUGCAGGGCGAUUAGCGAAAGAGGGUAUACGUUACAAAAUGAAAGGAAUGGUAGCCGACCCUGAGGAAUGUGAUAUGGAGGAAUUAACAAAGCUGAGAGAUAUCGAAAACUCUUUAGCAGUAUUUUGUUUAGCAACAUAUGGUGAAGGAGAUCCUACAGAUAACGCCAUGGACUUCUAUGAAUGGUUAAAAAGUGGUGAUCCUGACCUAACAGGACUAAAUUACGCGGUAUUUGGCUUGGGUAAUAAGACAUAUGAACAUUUUAACUCAGUCGCGAUCUAUGUAGACAAGCGUCUAGAAGAACUUGGAGCUACAAGAGUAUUUGAACUUGGUCUCGGAGAUGAUGAUGCUAAUAUUGAAGAUGAUUUUAUCACAUGGAAGGAGAAAUUCUGGCCGGCUGUUUGUGAGAAAUACAAUAUUGAAAGUACUGGCGAGGAGGAGCUGACACGUCAAUUCCGACUCGUAACACACGCUCCCGAUGAAAUAACUCCCAACGAAGUGUUUACUGGAGAAAUCGCUCGGUUACAUUCCUUCCAGAAUCAGAGAGUGCCAUUUGAUGCUAAAAAUCCAUUCUUAGCUCAAAUUAUCGUAAAUAAAGAAUUGCACAAAGGUGGUGAUAGAUCAUGUCUGCACAUUGAAUUGGAUAUUUCAAACUCGAAGAUGAGAUAUGAAGCAGGUGAUCAUGUGGCUGUGUAUCCAAUUAACGAUAGAGGUUUAGUAGAACGUCUUGGUGUUUUAACGGGUGCUGAUCUAGAUGAAGUCUUCUCUCUAAUCAACACUGAUCAAGAAAGCACUAAGAAGAAUCCAUUCCCAUGCCCCACAUCGUACCGAACUGCACUAUCACAUUACGUUGAAAUAACUGCUUUACCGAGGACCCACAUUUUGCGGGAGCUUGCUGAAUACUGUGUUGAAGAUGAGGAUAAGAAUAAGUUACUAUUGAUGUCAACCAACUCUCAAGAGGGGAAGGCCUUGUAUCAGUCAUUUGUAGUGGACUCCUGUAGGAAUAUAGUUCAUAUUCUGGAAGACCUGAAGUCCUGCAAGCCACCGCUGGAUCACCUCUGUGAACUGCUGCCUCGCCUCCAACCUAGAUAUUAUUCAAUUUCAUCAAGUCCUAAGUUGUACCCGGAGACUGUUCACGUGACGGCUGUGGUCGUUAAGUACGAGACUCCGACUGGAAGGCUCAAUAAGGGAGUCACCACGACUUGGCUGGCGGAAAACAAACCUGAACCAGGGAAACCAUUCCCCAGGGUACCCAUCUACAUCAGAAAGUCACAGUUCAGGUUGCCCCUUCAGACUCAGACGCCAGUGUUGAUGGUGGGGCCAGGAACGGGAUUAGCUCCCUUCAGAGGUUUCCUUCAAGAGCGAUCCCACGCUAGAAUAAAUGGCAAGGAAGUCGGUGAUACAAUAUUAUACUUCGGAUGCAGGCAUCGCGACCAGGACUACAUCUACCAAGAGGAACUGGAAGAGUUUGAGAGGAACGGAGACGUCACGUUACACGUGGCCUUCUCACGCGACCAGCCUAAGAAGGUCUACGUGACGCACUUGUUGGAGAACAACUUGGAACAGAUAUGGGACGUGAUCGGCAAAAGGAACGGACAUUUCUAUAUUUGCGGCGACGCUAAGAACAUGGCUGUCGACGUCCGUAACAUUGUGCUCAAGGCCGUUCAAGAGAAGGGAGGUCGCUCAGAAACCGAAGCCGUGCAGUUCCUUAAGAAACUGGAAUCCAUGAAGAAAUAUUCAGCCGAUGUAUGGAGUUAA